AUGACUGCGUUGCUGUCUUUCGGCGCAGUCGACACGGAGCCCGCCAUGGCUGCGUUGAGCAAUCCCAACACUCGCCUGCCUCGCAACGGUGUUGCUGCGCUGCGACGAGCGGUGCCUUCCGUAAACACCGACGCCGGUGAGAUCCAGGGCCGCCUGGAGGAGGCUGCUUACCUCUUGCGCAUCCCGCAGAGAAAACCUUGGGGCACCAUGGGAGACGACGUGAAGUCCUCCCUCGGGAUCGUCCGCGAUCGACGCGCCAAGUUGCUCGAGACGGUCCCGCCGGGUGAAGCAAAAACUACCGCGGAAGCCACGAUCGCCGAACUCGAUCAGCUGCUCACCGAGCUCGGCGACAUUGCCGGCUCUCAGGAUGUGGAGCGAUUUGAUAUUGGGGUUGCCAUGGCGUUGGACGCAACGUCAAGAUUAAGAGUACUUCAGGCGCCGGGCUUGCCUUUCGACGUACCCAAGAGGUACGAUUCCCUGCCCAGGCUCACUGGUCGUGCUACUGUGGACCUCACCGUCAGGAAAAAUGGGCCGGACACGUUUGGAUUUGUCAACGGCGAAGAGACGAAGACGGCGAUGCUGCGUGUAAUCGUGGACGGAUACAAUGCACCACUCACUGCGGGCAACUUCAUCGACAAGGUACACAACGGGCAGUACGAUGGGGUUCGGAUUAAGCGAUCAGAGACGGCGCUAAUCGUCGACCCAAGUCCUGACGAUCGUGAUCAGAACCUGCCGCUCGAGGUCAAGCCGAUAGACGACUAUGAGCCGAGGUACCGCUCACCUUUGAACGUAAUGGGCGCGGAGGAACUCCCGACGCUGCCGCUGUCGGUGAACGGGUCUCUCGCGAUGGCACGCGGCAUAGAGGAUGGUACGAGCAGUGCCACUCAGUUUUUCGUAUAUCAGUUUGAUAAGAGGAGUGCGGGUCUCGGCGGGUUGGCAUUUGAGGAGGGGGAGUUCUCUGUGUUUGGCUACGUCGUUAAAGGGGAGGAGGAAGGUUUCCUUUCACAGCUGACGACGGGUGACACGAUCGUGAGUGCUAAGAUCGUGGAAGGAUACGACAGACUAUUAAAUGCGACAACGAGGUCCGCGCCGCCGGUCUCGGUCGAGGGUCCCACCGGUGCUGAUGCCGUGGUGAAAGCGCCAACCGAGUGA